UGUCCUUCAGAUUUGACGCUACGCGUUCUUUUGUACCUUCCUGAAAGUGAAAGUCCCGAAGAAUGCCUGCCUGAUAGGCAAUACUGGCUGCUGUGCUGGGAUUAUCACCCGUGACCAUGCGCACAUCAAUACCAGCAUUGUAGCAAGUUUCAAUAGCAUCUGGAACUUCAUGACGCAAAGGAUCUUCGAUACCCACCAGUCCCACAGCAACAAGAUUUGUUUCGGCUUCAAAGGCGUCGCUUCCAUCAGGGUUUUUGAUCGUCGACGAAAUUGCUUCCAAGUCGGUGCCUGCGGGCAAGUCUCCGUACGCAAGUGCUAUAGUUCUCAUCCCACGACGAGCAUAGAUUUGAGAAUAUCUCAUAAAUUCGUCGGUAUCUUCUGGUUUUAACUCCUUGAUUUGAUUCUCAGCGCUGAUGUAUUGAUUGCAUCGUGACAAAAUAACUUCCUGAGCACCUUUGGUGUAAAUGCGGUACCUGCCAUUGUCGAGUGGAACAGCCCAACUCAUCAUUUUGCGUCCUGAGGAGAACCCGUAUAAUUUACCGUCAGAUAAAUACGCUGCCUCCUCACCACAAGACGAUCGCCCCCGAGUUGAGUUUCUAAUUUGGUCAUAGUUGAAACCCAAAUCAUGAACAAAUACCAAGAGUGCAGCUUCCGUAGGAUUUCCGGACGACCCUUCCACGGCACCAUUUUGAUCCAACUCUAAAUUUGUCUCAUUCAUGGUAUCGAUACUUAUGACUUUUCCGAUUGUUUCCAAAAUCCUUUCAUCUGAAAUGUUUUCUUUGACAAAAUUACCCAGGGUUUGUUUAUGAUCAUCUACAGUCAUGU